UCAGUGGUGCAAUGAGGAACUGUUCCAGCAGCUUUUAAAUUCUCUACAGGAUCCUCGCGAUUGCACAUUUCGCUUCCGAUUUCAAAAACUGAGGCAAUCACAUCGAAGGCUGGGCGAAGCUGAGCUUUCAGUAGCGCAGGAAGCGAGAUCGCAUCAGGCACCACUGCUGGAUUAUAGGAGACUCCCAGCCUAGACCAAAGAUGAACCAGUUGCUCAUACUGUCCAUCCUGGCAGUGAUGCCUUUGAUGGAAGGCCUUGAAAUCACAAGCCUGACUGCCUGCACAUUAGAAACCAAUGAUCUGAAACUUGCCUGCAACUUCAUGAAAAAGACUGGGAUCGUCAACUAUCGGUGGGACUUCCGCUCAGAAAAGAACCAACAGGUGGUUGCAAGCUCCACCAACCCAGGAUCCGUAGCAGCAACUUACAAGCAACGAGCAAAAGUAACCAUGACAGACACUCAAGUAAAUCUCAUCUUGACUGGGUUUGGCAGCUCUGAUAGUGGCAACUAUACUUGCAAUCUUUUUCCCAGCAACGAGCAAGAGAGCAAUAGAUCAGUUUCAGUCAAGAAAGAUGCUGUUCUAAAGUGCAGUGCCCCUGGGCUUCUGCUGAACACCCCAUGGAUGCUGAGCCUGCUUCUCUUGUUUCCUGUUCUUCAAGCCCUGGAACUAAAGGUUAAAUAAUCAGCCACUGAGAAAGAACAGGCAUGACUGCAUCUCCUCUAUGGAAUGAUCGAUUGUUCCAUUGAUUUUGGCCCCCUUCACAUUCUUGUUUAUUUUGUGUUACUUUCCUCUCGUGUCAGUCUCUUAAAACAGAAAUGUGGGUUCGAUAAGUCAGUCACAGUCAUGAACGUAGAGCCUGGAGCACCUGAAAGCACCACUCUCAAGUUCCUUUGGCAUUAAGAUGGUAUCAGUGGUGGUGUUGGCACAGGGGCUACCCUUUUGAAAGAUUUCAAGCCCAUGCACUAAUAUCUAAGCUGAAGGGUUCCCGUAAUCACCUUUUUGAUGUUACUGGUGAUAUGGGGAUACAGAAAGGGACAAGGGCUGGGAGAGCAAUAAUGAACCAUUUAAGUGCACGGAUCCAGGAGAUCUUGGAGCCUGACUGAUUCUCCAAGACCUGGGCCAGGAUCUGCUGACACUGACUGUGACUCUUUCGAACAAUGCAAAAUGAAAUAUUAAUAUAAGUGCUUUGGCUUCUAUUGACUGUAAUGCUAGCCUGCUAAGGUGCCUACCAGUUAUAUAUAUCGAGGAAUCCAGCUCUGAAUGUAUUUUCUAUGUCGGCUAAAUUUUGCGCAUCAGAUUUUUAAAAUUGCAAAUCCCAAUAAAUGUUCAUUUUCUUUCCCACA